AUGACACAAAGGCUUCAUAGGAAUCGUUAUCGCUCAGGCACAACGGUGAAGUCAAAAUUUUCGGCAAGCUCCAUUUUACUUCAACUCUCAGCUUCCCAUUUCACUUCUCUGUCGGCCUCUGACGAACCUCACACUUCUGUUCGAUCUCAAUCUCCUUCUUUAAUCGGCGCCGCCGUGAACAAGUAUUAUGAUUCCUCUCAUUAUCAUCUUCGAUUCAAUUCUCUGCGUCUCUUUCUACUUCAAUUCCCGCAUUGUUGUUGUUAUGAGAAUCAUGUUGGUGAAGGGGUUCAUGUGUGUUCUCGUAGAAACACUAAGAUGUUGAGUGAGAUGUACGUGAUGUCAUUGCAGAAACAGUAG